GGAGGAGGCAGAGGGCGGCGGAGGAGGAGCCCCCCAGCAGCGAGAGGCGAGCGACUGACCGCGGCCUUCUGACCAGGACUGGAGCAGGGCCCCAAGCCCCCGGGCCUGGCGGGGGGACGCGCUUCUCCCCACACUCUGUGCCUCAGCAGCUCCAGCCAGCAGACCCGACGGCCGAGAGCAGGAAGAUGCCAACCUGGUCCUCAUCCUCCCUCACCCUGAGCUGCUGCUCCUGGAGAAGCCUGGCCCGGCUCCUCUCAGGCUCCCUGGCAGAGCCUAGAGGAGAAGAUGGGGAGCCCUGAGGACGACCUGAUCGGAAUUCCAUUCCCAGACCACAGCAGUGAGCUCCUCAGCUGCCUCAAUGAGCAGCGCCAGCUGGGCCACCUCUGCGACCUCACCAUCCGGACGCAGGGCCUCGAAUACCGCACCCACAGGGCCGUGCUAGCCGCCUGCAGCCACUACUUCAAGAAGCUCUUCACGGAGGGCGGUGGCGGAGCUGUCAUGGGAGCUGGGGGCAGCGGGACAGCUGCAGGGGGCGUGGGCGCCGGCGUGUGUGAGCUGGACUUCGUAGGGCCGGAGGCACUGGGUGCCCUGCUCGAAUUUGCCUACACAGCCACGCUGACCACUAGCAGCGCCAACAUGCCAGCCGUGCUCCAGGCUGCCCGGCUGCUGGAGAUCCCGUGCGUCAUCGCUGCCUGCAUGGAGAUCCUGCAGGGCAGCGGGCUGGAAGCCCCCAGCCCGGACGAGGACGACUGUGAGCGAGCCCGCCAGUACCUGGAGGCCUUCGCCACGGCCACGGCCACGGCCACAGCUUCGGCCUCAGCCUCAGGAGUUCCCAACGGCAGCGAAGACAGCCCUCCGCAGGUGGCCCUCCCUCCACCGCCACCCCCGCCACCUCGGCCUGUCGCCCGCCGCAGCCGCAAGCCCCGAAAAGCGUUCCUGCAAACCAAGGGGGCCCGGGCAAACCACCUAGUGCCCGAGGUGCCCGCAGUGCCCACCCACCCCUCGACCUAUGAGGAGGAGGAGGUGGUAAGCAGAGUGGGCAGCAGCGGGGGCAGUGGGCUGGGAGACAGCUACAGCCCUCCCGCGGGGACCGCCUCACCUCCGGAGGGGCCCCUGAGCUACGAGGCCUAUGAGGGUGAGGAAGAAGAGGAGGAGCUGGUGUACCCGCCAGCCUAUGGGCUGGCGCAAGGUGGCGGCCCCCCGCUGUCCCCGGAGGAGCUGGGCUCAGAUGAGGAUGCCAUUGACCCUGACCUGAUGGCCUACCUGAGCUCCUUGCACCAGGACGCCCUGGCUCCGGGCCUGGAUGGCCAGGACAAGCUGGUGCGCAAACGCCGCUCCCAGAUGCCCCAGGAGUGCCCGGUGUGCCACAAGAUAAUCCACGGGGCAGGCAAGCUGCCGCGCCACAUGAGGACCCACACGGGCGAGAAGCCCUUUGCCUGUGAGGUCUGCGGCGUCCGCUUCACCAGGAAUGACAAGCUGAAGAUCCACAUGCGGAAGCACACAGGAGAGCGCCCCUACUCGUGCCCGCACUGCCCAGCCCGCUUCCUGCACAGCUACGACCUCAAGAACCACAUGCACCUGCACACGGGGGACCGGCCCUAUGAGUGCCACCUGUGCCACAAGGCUUUCGCCAAGGAGGACCACCUGCAGCGCCACCUCAAGGGCCAGAACUGCCUGGAGGUGCGCACCCGCCGGCGCCGCAAGGACGAAGCACCGCCGCACUACCCACCGCCCUCCGCCGCUGCCCCGUCCCCCGCGGGCCUCGACCUCUCCAACGGCCACCUGGACACCUUCCGCCUCUCUCUGGCUCGAUUCUGGGAGCAGUCCGCCCCCACAGGGCCCCCUGUCUCCACCCCGGGGCCCCCCGAUGACGACGAGGAGGAGGGGGCGCCCACCACACCCCAGGCUGAAGGCGCCAUGGAAUCCUCUUAAAGAGGGGCGCGUGGCAGUGGCCAGGCUGGCACAGCACAAGGUGAGGGACACCCAUGCCAAGCAGUGGGAGCAGGCAGGACGGAGCUGAGGCCGGGGGCACGAGCCUUGCUGGCCUCAGGACGGGCCCCGUGGGCUCGAGCCCUCAUUGCAAUUGCGCACUGAGAGGGUCUGCGGGCAGCGGCUCCCCGGUGGAGGGAUUCGCCUGAGGAGCGAUCCAAACGCCAGCACGGAUGUAUUCACGGCUGUCGGAAUGGUGGGCUCCCUGUCCCCCAGCUGCUCCUGGGCAGUAGAAGCAAUAAUGUAUUUCUGAUUUGUGGGGUCCCACUUCGGCUAUGCGGGUUUCCAGGGGGUGCAGGCUUGGGACCAAAGCCUUGCCCCGCUCCCACGCCCCCUGGGGGUUUUGGCUGAAAGGGGGUGAAGGACCGCCCCUCCCUUCCAAGACCCCUCCUUCCUGGUUUCUGUUCCCUUUUCCUGGCAAUGAAUUAUGCAAAGAGGGAGGUGGCAAAGGAAGGGUAGGUGAGGGAGAGCAAGGUGGGAGCGCUGAAGGCUGGGGGGGCCUGGGCCUGUGAGGAAGGAGCCAUCCCAGUCCCCUCCGCCCUGCUCCCAGCGCUGAGUCAUGGGGUCCUGGAGAAGGGGGCGGGGUGGCCUGAUUGGCUCGCCCGCCCCUGGGGGCAGCGGGAGGGGCCCCGCCCAGCUAGGGGAGCCGCUCGGCUCCGCUCCCCUCCCCUCCACUCCCCUCCCGCGUCCCCGGGCAGGGAAUGUCUUGUUCCCGCCGCUCCCUCCCUGGGGCCAGAGGGCAGGGCGGGCCGGGCGGCGUCUUACCCUCUUCUCCUCCUCCCUACCUCCUCCCCGCCCAGGUGCGAGCCGGAGCCGCCGCCACCGCUGCCGCCCCUGACUCACGCCGCCCCCGGGCUGGCGGGGCGCUGGGCGUGGGACCGGGUGAGGGGUUGGGGGGAGCCUUGCGGAGAGCGGGCGAGCCGGCGCCCUCUGGCGGCCGUGCCCUGCGCGGGUGAGCGCCCCCGGCGGCCACUUACCGGGAAGCGUCUUGGCGCACCCGAGCCGUGCCAUCGGCGGAGCGGGCGCCUACCUCCUCGCUGGCUUGGCCUCUGGGAAAGUGGCCUGCGCACCCGCGGGAGAAAGAGCCCCUUCCCACUUACUCGCCUGCCGGGCGGGGGGAGCACCGUGCCCUGCCACUUCUCUGAGGAUCGAAUCCACCCCCUCUGUACAUAGCCUCUUCUGUUGGUCUUGUGGAAAUCUAGUCUCAGAUUUUUAACUACCCAAUUCUGCUGGGGCGGGGGAGUAUCUCCCCUCCCCCUUCCUCGCUGGGUGCUGGACCCCCGUUGCGGCCUGGGCUCUGCCUUGCACUAUUCCCCUCCCUGGCCUGGCGGUCCCUCCCCCUCCUAAAAGGGGCAGGUUCAGGGGCCCGGUGCUCUCCCUCCCUCCCGUGCACCCCUAUGCCCAUUUGCACAGCUGCCCAGGUACCCCCUACAGUGGGGAGGGGUCACAGGGAGGGGGUAGCGGGACCAGUCCCUGUAUCUAUUUAAGAAGUGAUGAUGUAAUAUAUUGGGGUGGGGGGGAGGUCGGGUCACCCUGGGCCUCAUCUUUAGCAUUUCAGGUGAUAGGGGGAGCCCAAGGCGGGGGAGACCUGGGGCCUAGCCCCAGAGACCGGGGACAGCGUGGCCUCCCCUCUCCCUACUUGCGGCUUUCCCAAUCAGUGCCUUAGGGGGGCAGGCGGUCCCCCCUCUCCUGUUCCUUCCCUUCCCCCUGCCCUCCCCCCCCCCCCCCCACCUCGGGUGUAAGCGACA